AUGGAGCGGCAGAACAGUCGGCGUCGGAGGCUACCCCGGACGCAGGAACCAGCCUCCAAGGAGCCUGUCACACCACAUCGGAAGGGCCGGAUCUAUCCGCGGCAAAUCGCCCCCCGCAUAGAGCUUCGCCCGGAAGAUCAUGUGUAUCGCCCGCCAGUCACACAGCAUCUCGAUUGGCGCAUCACGUCGGGCCAGCGCAGACCCGACGGCGUCUUGAAAGAGAUCUAUCUGAUUAAUGAUCUCUUCCCCAGCCCCACCAUCGAGGCCCGCUCCGGGGAUACCCUCCUCAUCACCGUGACCAAUGCGGUAGAGGAAGAAUCAAUUGCCCUCCAUUGGCAUGGAAUCCAUGUAUCCAAUGCCAUGGAUGGCGCCGCGGGGGUUUCACAAUGUCCUAUCGCGCCCGGCGCGCGAUUUACUUAUAAUGUCACUAUCCCUGCCGAUCAGAGCGGUACCUUUUGGUACCAUGCUCAUUCGGGCGUCUCGCGCGGAGACGGUCUCUACGGCGGACUGGUCAUCUAUGCCCCUGCCGCCAAGAGUACCGUAAGAGGAUUAAUGUCGCGUGCUCGCGGCGAUGCCCAGAAAUUCAAUUAUGAAAAGGAGCUUCUGCUUCUUAUCGGAGAUUGGUAUCAUCGGCCGGCAAAGGAUGUUUUGGCUUGGUACAAGCUCCCUGGAAACUUUGCGAACGAGCCGGUACCGGACUCGUUGCUGGUUAAUGGAGUCGGUCAAUUCGAAUGCUCUAUGGCUGUUCCUGCUCGCCCAGUCGAUUGUAUUGAGCGAUUGGCCAACACCUCAUUCUUAGAUCUUGAUCCGGACACAGCCUAUCGAAUCCGUGUUGUGAACACUGGCGCCCUGGCAGGCUUUUCACUCGUAUUCGACCAGGAGAACAUAGAUCUCAUCCAGGUCGACAGCAUCGACGUCAAGCGCGCUGAACAAGAAAAUGUCAAUUCAGCCGGCAUCUUAUUCCCUGGCCAACGCAUGGAUUUCGUUAUCCGUACUGCAUCUCACCAAGAAUCGCCAUCAUCCAUGAUGGUGCAACUAGACCAAGGAUGCUUCAAGUACAUCAAUCCCGCACUAACACCAGACCAAACCUUCCCCAUCCAUUACCGCUCUGCAUCAAUCUCCAGCACGGCCCAAAUAACAACACCCGAAGUACGGAAUCACAUCAACCUUGAUGAUGUACCCUCAUCUCCUUCAAUCCUACAAAACCUACCACCAAAGGCCCAACAAACACAAGUCGUCUAUACCAAGAUCCAGAAAAUGGCCCGUAAUCACAACAUCCCCGAAGGCUAUUUUAACCAGACUACCUGGAAACCCCAAAAUGACCCACCUGUACCACUAAUCGGUCUCCCCCGAGAACACUGGGAUGCAAAUCAAUUCGCCUUCUCGACCGGGCCCGAGGCAUCAUGGGUUGACCUAGUCGUGAACAACCUAGACGAGGGGCCUCAUCCUUUCCAUCUCCACGGACACCACUUCUACAUCCUAGCCGUUCACGAAUCCUCCUACGGCUGGGGCUCCUACAACCCCUUCACAGACCCCUACCCACCAGGCCUUGAACCUGACACCCCUGAAGCGUCACCACCAGACCCAAAUGACCCUUCGUUCCAACCCUACGAUCUCUCCCGCGCAGCGCUCCGCGACACAGUUCUGAUCCCCAGCCGUGGGUACGCGGUGCUCCGUUUCCGCGCUGAUAAUCCCGGCGUGUGGCUCUUCCAUUGCCAUAUUUUGUGGCAUCUUGCGACGGGCAUGGCGAUGCUUGUUGAUGUUAUGGGUGAUCCGGCGGGCCGGAUUGCGCAUGAUGUGGCUAUGAUGGCUGGUGGGGGUGGACUGUGUCCGGUUUGA